AUGGUGUCCCCGGCUAUCGCUUUCGCCUUCAUCCCCUUCCUGAUGACGCUCCUCAUUCGAUACCGCUACUACUUCCUGCUGUUCUGGCGAGCAGUCGUUCUCCGGAAGGUUCAGGAUUACGCCACCGGCCUGUCCAGGGAGGAGCGAGCUUUUCAGUACGUGAUGUCGAACUGCAUCCCCGGGGAUCCCGAGAAUAUCCUCAGCACCUUCGACAAGUGGUGCUUCCACUCGGAAUACCUGAGCAACCUGGGACCGGAGAAAGGCCGCAUUCUGGAGCGGCUGAUUCUGGAGAGCGCGCCGCAGACCGUCCUGGAGCUGGGAACGUACUGUGGGUACGCCACCCUGCGCAUGGCCCGCAGCCUGAGUCUGGGCAGCCAGCUCUACACAGUGGAGAUGGACCAGGGAAACGCUGCCAUAGCCGAGAAGAUCAUCCGCAUGGCAGGAUUCGACGAGGACACGGUGGAACAGAUCGUCCGACCCUCGGAUGAGGUGAUCCCUCAACUUCGGGAGAAGUUUGCAGUGGACAAGGUGGACUUUGUCUUCAUGAACCACUGGAAACGCAGUUACCUGCGAGACCUGAAGCUGUUGGAGGACUGCAACUUGCUGCGGGAGGGCAGUGUAAUCCUAGCGGACAAUGUCAUCUUCGCCGGCGCACCGCACUUCAUGCAGUACGCCAAGGGCAGUGGCAAGUACGCCUGGAAGCUCCACCGCACGCACCUCGACUACUUCCGCCAGAUCCGGGAUGGUAUGGCGGAGCUCACCUACACUGGGCUCAAGAUGUCGAUUCUGUUUCCCUCCCUCUUCCCUCGAGUGACGGAGUCACUGUGGUUUAAUUUGGAUCGACCAUGUGUGGACGAAAACGAGCUUCAGCAGCAAGAGAACCAGCAUCAGGCCUGGUUACAGAGUAUAGCUGAGAAGAACAACACCCUGGUUCCCAUUGGAAAGCCAGCCUCUGAGCAGAAUUAUGAUGAUGAGGAGGAGGAGGAUGAUGAAGAUGAUGAGGACAGCGAAGAAGAUUCAGAGGAGGAUGAAGACAUGCAGGACAUGGACGAGAUGAACGAUUACAAUGAGUCACCUGAUGACGGAGAAAUAAAUGAGAUCGACAUGGAGGGUGCAGAACAGGACCAGGAUCAGUGGAUGAUCUGACAGACACAAGACACCCUCAGCACUUUGGAAGAGAGGGGCUAUCAUCAGCUCACUCUCUGCACAGACGGUGGUACGGCAGUGUCUGUGUCCUUCCUCUAACACCACUGCUCGGAGACAGUGAUAUUGUCCACGUGAUAACAAACUGUCAAGCUGCUGGUGAAACUCGGUGGCUCGAUGAGCAUCUGUGGGGUGGAGAGCAAGUUAUUGUCUAGAUCCUUGCAUAACAUCGACAAUUUCUUCCCUCCCACAGACACUGCUCUAGCUGCUGAGUUCCUCUAGAAGCUUGUGUGUUACUUUCUCAUGCCUCCAUGAUAACAAGCCUUCCUUGGCCAUUCAGCGUUUUGAUAACAUUCCCCUUGGCUGACCUGAACUUCAUUUGCCUAACCCCUAUAACAUCCUUUCCCAAUAAAAAAAAUUCCAUUCGCAAUUUGGGUUUUGUUUAACUCACACUGUAGGACGGUGGAAAGCUCCAGAUUCUGGGCCAGGUUUGCCUUGUGGACAUAUUACACCAUAAUGAGCUAUUGUUGUUCAAGAGGCGCCACAGUAGCAUAGCAGUUAGCGCGACACGAUUAUAGCUUGGGGAGUUCAAUCCCAGCUGUAAGGAGAUUGAACACUGUUCCCAUGUAUGCAUGGGUUUCCUCUGGGUGCUCGGGUUUCCUUCCACAGUCCAAGGAUGUACGGGUUAGUAGGCAGUUUAGCCAUUGUAAGUUAUCCUGUGGUUAGGCUAGGGUAAAAUAGAUGGGUUGCAGGAUGUCAUAGCUCGUUGGGCCGGAAGAGCCCAUCUCAUCCUAAACUCUAUAACUCCUCUCCCUGAAGGGAAUUUUGACAUUGUGUGUUCCCCAUAUAGGCGAGUUCUAGAUUAUGGCUGGAGGGUUGAUUCUCAUCAGAAUUACUCACUGUCAGGUGUCUAAUUUAAUUUAAUUAUUUAGUUAAAGAUCCAGCGCGGAGCAGGAACACCGAACAGUGCCAUGCAGCAACCCACUUAUUUAACCCGAGCCGAAUCUCAGGACAACUAACAUACUAAACUGGAGGGGGUUGGACUGUGGGAGGAAACUGGAGCACCUGGAGAAAACCCAUGUGGUCUCGGGGAGAUUGUGCAAACUUUGUAACAGAGACCACCUAAGAGUAAACUCCGAACUCCUGACGCGCCAAGCUGUAAUAGUGCUGCUUCAACCACUAUGCUACAAUGGCGUCUUGGUGCUAUCUGUUGAGUUUUGUAAUAAAAUGUUUUUUUUUAAACAGUU